AUACAAAUACACAUAUGCGGCGGUAGUGAUAGCUCUAUAUAAAUUCGGUUUUUUUAUUUUUAUACAUUCCGACAUUGGAUAUUGAAUAAAACUUGUCGAAUUGGUAUUAAAAAAGUUAAAUUAUAAAGCAUUAAAAUGUGUGCUGUGUUGUUAUUAUAGAAUGUCAAAAUGCUACAAUGUCAAAAUGCAACUCUACUGUCAAAAUACCAGUUCACUGUCACUUUGAGUCAUUUUCUUGACACACGCAGAUGUUUGAGUUGUGUCAAAAAGCCAAUUUCUUUCAAUUGGUCAUUUUCGUGUGACAAACAAAAUGAGCAGAUAUAGUUUCUUACAAAGGUCAACAAACGGUGCGUCAACAACGGGGAAAAGAUUUCGUAGGCUCGAAAAAGUUUGGACACACGAUGAACAAAAAAUUCUCAUCGAUUAUAUAGCGUCAAGACCAGCUUUAUGGGACCCUGAUUCCGAUUCGUAUAGAAAUCGCGACAUCAGAAAGAAAAUUUGGGCAGAAAUCGCAGAGGUUACAAAGCAUAGUGUAAAUGACGCGAAAAAUUACUGGAAUAAUUUGCGCUCCAGAUUUAAUACCGAGCGACGGAAGGCAAUGUUGUAUGAAAAAAAGCAUAAUGGCAACAAAUAUGAAUCGGGUUAUGAAUUUUAUUCAGGAAUGCAGUUUUUAACUAAAAUCGAACCAAGGCGAACGGCGCACAAUGUGGAGGAUGUGCACAUCCAAAUGAAUGACUACAUUUCCCUUGAAAGUCAUUCUCCAGAUGAAAGCGAUACAGAAUCUAUACCCAGUUUACUGGAACCCAAAUAUGAGACUGUUAAUAAUGAUUAUUCUGAUUCCAACAUAAAAGAGAUAUUUGUCAAUGACACUUUAAAUCAGCAAAUGGCAACUGGCAAUAACUAUUCUGCUUCAGAAAAGUUUGUGCACCCAAAUGAGCAUAAUUUAGACAAUUUUACGAUGGAUCCGUUGAAAGCAGAUGAAUUGCCGGCCAGAAAUAAGCGCAAAAUGCAUUUGGGCAAUAAUCAUGAAGUACCAGUGCGUAGAAAGUGGAAGCAAGUCUUCUCCGAGUAUAUAUUGUGUGAACUGGAGAGAUAUGAGUACAGUGACGCGCAAAGACUGAAGGCUGAACUGACGUCGGCCUGCUUGAACUUUCAACCACAACACCCGCAAAUGAAUGAUUAUUAACGGAACUAUUUGUGAAUUAAACUGAUUACUAUUAAGUAACAUAAGAAGGGUAAUGAGUUAACGUAUUGAAUAUGUAUAAUUAAAAGAAUAAAUGAUUCUUAUAGAAUUAAAAUUU